AUGAUUAUAAUAUCCAUAAAUGUGUGGGUGAGCACUUGGAGCACCUGGGGGAUGAGGUGGUGCACGCGAGUUGCUGAAGACGACGUCCAAGAGCUGAAGGUGGUGGACGCGACGCGACCGACGCCAGAAUGGGCCAUCACCAACACCCUUCUCAAUUUUAUAGACGGUGUCUGGUUCAAAGAGGGGGCAAAAUACUUUUUAUUCCAUCCACAGCGGAGUCAGUCUCUCAUCUGCAAGUCGAAUAACACACCUAAUUAUCAAGUUAAUAUGGCUAUUCUGUAUGGACGGUGGAAAGAGGCUUAG